UCAUCUAAAAGACACAUUUAGAGUAUCUCGAACGCAUUACCCAAUAAACACAAUUCCACCAAAUCUCAUUCACAAAUAUUGAAUCACAAUACUGAAGACUUGAAUCGUAGAGAAAGUUAGAAAUUGUAUUGACGUGGAAAAAUGUGUUACCUCUUUAAAUUUCAAAUUGAGUUUUGGAAAAAUGGCACUGAUAAACAAUUCAGUUGUAGCAAAAAUGUAAUUGAAUGUCAGUUAAACAGUAGUUACGGUGUUCAUAAGUAAUUGCUACUUAGAAUCAAAUGCUAAACAUUCCAGUAUUUUUACCUAUUUUUACCUAUUUACCUACACUGAACAAAAAUAUAAACGCAACAUGUUUAAUUAUGGUCCAAUGUUUAAUGAGUUGAAAUAAAAGAUCCCAGAAAUGUUCCACAACCACAAAAAGCUUAUUUCUCUCAAAUUUUGUGCCAAAAAAUGUGUAUACAUCAUUGUUAGUGAGCAUUGAUAAUCCAUCCACCUGACAGGUGUGGCAUAUCAAGAAGCUGAUUAAACAGCAUAACCAUUACACAGGUGCACCUUAUUGCUGGGGACAAUAAAAGGCUACUCUAAAAUGUGCAGUUUUGUCACACAAGACAAUGCCACAGAUGUCUCAAGUUUGAGGGAGCGAGAAAUUGGCAUGCUGACUGCAGUUAUGUCCACCAGAGCUGUUGCCAGAGAUAUUAAGGUUAAUUUCUCUACCAUAAGCCACCUCCAAUGUCGUUUUAGAUAAUUUGGCAGUAUGUCCAACCGGCCUCACACCGCACACCACGUGUAUGGCAUCUUGUGGGUGGAGCAGUUUGCUGAUGUCACCGUUGUGACCAGAGUGCUCUAUGGUGGCGGUGGGGUUAUGGUAUGGGCAGGCAUGAACUACGGACAAUGAACACAAUUGCAUUUUAUCGAUGGCAAUUUGAAUGCAGAUAUCGUGACAAGAUCCUGAGGUUGAUUGUCAUGCCAUUCAUCCACCGCCAUCACGUCAUGUUGAAACAUGAUAAUGUACACGAUUCCUGGUAGCUGAAAAUAUUCCAGUGCUUCCAUGGCCUGCAUACUCACCAGACAUGUUACCCAUUGAGCAAGUUUGGGAUGCUCUGGAUCAACGUGUACAACAGUGUGUUUCAGUUCCCCGCAAUAUCCAGCAACUUUGCACAGCCAUUGAAGAGGAGUGGGACAACAUUCCACAGGCCACAAUCAAUAGCCUGAUCAACUUUAUGCGAAAGAGAUGUGUCACGCUGCAUGAGGCAAGUGGUGGUCACAUCAGAUACUGACUGCUUUUUCUGAUCCAUGCUCCUACCUUCUUUUUUUUUUAAAGGUAUCUGUGAUCAAAAUAUGCAUAUCUGUAUUCCCAGUCAUGUAAAAUCCAUAUAAUCCAUAUAUUAUAUUUGACUGAUUUCCUUAUAUGAACUGUAACUCAGUAAAAUCUUUGAAAUUGGUGCAUGUUGGGUUUAUAUUUUCAUUCAGUACAGAUUAUCCAUAGCUGUCUAAUUCUGAUCUACUUUUUCUAUCUCUAUGUUUAUUUGAGGUGUAUUCUUACUGUGGAAGGCAUCUCAACAACAUCACAGAUGGGUCUGUGGUUUAUUGCUUUCAUCACUUUUCUGUUGAAAGGUGCACUCUGCCAAGAGUGGAGUCUGUGGAUGCCCCAAAGCAUUGUGGCUGUUGGUGGAUCCUGCCUACUGGUCCCAUGUAGAUUUGAGAUCCCUGCUGCAUUUGAUGCUGACUUGAAAAACUGCACACCCACUGGGCUUUGGUCUAAAAAAAUUUGGGGGGGAAAUAUAGUAUUGAGCUCAGCCCAAACGGAUGCCCAAAACAUCAUAAAGGGAGUGAUGGUGGGAAAUCUGUUGAGCAAGAACUGCACCACUCUUUUCAACAGUUUCCCUGCAGGAUAUGAUGACACAUAUAUCUUCAGGCUGGAAUGUGCUGGAACAAAUCGCCUCAAGUAUAUUUUCUACCCAGGAGUACAUAUCAGUCAUACAGACACCCCACCCAAACCCCAACUAACCACUAUGGGCAACAUCACAGAGGGGGAGCUGGUUAGAAUGAGCUGCUCUGCCUCUGCCCCCUGUCCUACGUUCCCGCCCUCUCUGAUCUGGACCUCUGGGCUGGGUGGCAGUGUCGAGAGCCAGCUACAGGAGGGUAUAGAUGGGCUCAUGACCAUGACCUCCACCCUUACCUUUACCGCCUCCCUCCUCCAUCACGGGCUGCUGGUCAGAUGUUCUGCCCGCUACACACUGCAGCCAGGGGGCACCACCAAGACGACUCAGGGGAACCGGACCCUCAAUGUUCUUUAUGCUCCUAAAAACACUGUAGCCCUGUCCAGCCCAUCUGGGCCUGUGCCCGACGGGAGGGCAGUGACCCUGACCUGUCAGAGUGAUGCCAACCCACCAGUGGAGCGCUACUCCUGGUACAAAGACAGCAGUGGGCAGGUGACCUGGAAGGCUAAUGGGCAGACACUGGUCCUCCUGGUCAACAAAGCAGACAGCGGGCUGUACCUCUGUGAGGCCCACAACGAGAAGGGAUCACAAAGGUCAAAGGUCAUGCCUCUGGAGUUCGAAAGUGGCCAAUGUUCCGUGAUGGUCCCCUACAUCAUUUGUGGAGUGAUGGUGUUGCUCUAUGUUCUAACCGUCACCGUGGAUGUGUAUAAAUAUAAAAGUCUGUCCAGAAGACUGAAACAGCUAGAGCUGUCAGAGAAAGGAGACGCCACGUACACUAACCUAACGAUCGCCAGCAUCAGUUCUGACUAUGACCAGCUCCAGAUGACCAGGGCUGCCCGAGGUGAAGCUCACCCUGGCAGAAGAAGUGAAAGAGCUGCUCCUUGAAACCACAUGGCAAAACAGAUCCAGAUUUGACCUUUGCAUUUUAACUUUGUUGUAUGGAAAAUGUUCAUCUUGUUAUUUUUCUUCAGAUCGUACUGUAUAAUUCUAUCGCAAAAUACAUGAUAUUAUAUAUUUGAAUCUGAUGCCUCGAUUUUAUAUACCUGUCAGCAACGGGUGUGGCUGAAAAAGCCAAAUCCACUCAUUUGAAGGGGUGUCCACAUACCAUGUCGUGUAGUAUUAAAUUGUAGUUUAAUCUUUUUGGUUUGUGGUUCAGCAUCAUCAAUGUAUUUCUGUCUUCUUCUCUGUAGAUUAUGUUAAACCAUGCAGGGGAUUAUGGGUUGUGUCAGUCAGGAUUAUAAUGGCCAUAAUCAGUCGAAUAAAUCUCUUAAUGUCA